GAAAUUUUAACUGAAAUGGAAGACGAUCAAGAUUUGAAGUUUGUAUGUAAGUUGUGUGACAAAAAAUUCCUUUGUGGGAAGUCAUUAGGGGGUCAUAUGAGAUCUCAUGUAGUUGAGGAAAAUGGUGAAGGAAAUGCUGAGAAGUUUGAAUCUUGGGGUAGUAGAGAAAAUCCCCAUCAAUCAAAAUUUGAUGUUGGUGGUCAUUCUGGUUAUGGACUUAGAGAAAAUCCCAAGAAAACUUGGAGAGCUGUUGAUUCAACUUUUUCACCUUUGCCUCCUCAAGAAAGAGUUUGUCAGCAAUGUGGUAAAGUGUUUCAGUCAAUGAAAGCUUUGUGUGGUCAUAUGGCUUGUCAUUCAGAGAAGUUAGUGAUGGAUAGUCAUUCAGAUACUGAAACUGAUGAUGAUGAUGAGGAGGAGGAGGAGGAGGAGACAAAGAUGAAGACCAGAUCAUUAAAGACUAAGAGGUACAAGAGACUUGUAGUUAAGCCUUCUAAUUACUGUUUAGUGAAUAAUAAUAAUAGUGUUGUCAAUUAUGGUUCAUCAUCUGUUUCUGAGAUUGAUGAACUAGAUCAAGAGGAAGUUGUAGCAAAGUGUUUGAUGAUGUUGUCUAGGGAUUCAGGGAAUUGGAAUGGUGUUAAUUCAGUUGUUGAGUCUUCUGAUAACAAUUCUGUUGUUUUGGAGACAAAAUCAUCCUCUACUGACAUGAAAUUUGGUAGAAAGGAUAGGCUGAAAUGUGUUUAUAAUCAAAAUGAAACACCGGGAACUAAGAAACUUAGUGGUUUAGAUGUUGAUCAAGCUGAAUCUGAGAGUUCUGAUUCUGGAUACUUUUUAGAUGACAAUACUAUAGUUGAAUCGGAUAUAUCUGUCGAUGGAUUCCAUAGAAAUGGGAAUAGUAAAUGGAGCACUUCUCAAAUCAGCCAUGCUGUUUGGUGUGAUGAGUCUGGGGCUGAUAAGGGGAAGGGGUUAAACAGAACCAAGAAAUAUCCAACAGAGUCAAGGAAGGAUUUAACCGCGGAAUGUGAAUAUGAUGAUUACGCGAUAGCUUCAUAUAUGGAAAAAUGUGAACCAAGAAAGAGAAUGAAGGAUAGUUCUUAUCAUCCAGAAUUAGGGAAUAAGUCCGUUAAGAAGAUAAAGAUCGGUCCUAAAAGUUCUGAAGGAUGCAAUACUAUUCAAAAGAAGUAUGAGUGUUUGAACUGCAAGAAGAGUUUUAACUCUUAUCAGGCUCUUGGUGGACAUAGACCAUGUCAUAAAAAGGCCAACGCCUAUCUCGAGUCAAUAAAUGGAACUGGUGAAAGUAGUGUCGAUGCUAAUUGUGAUGACAAGAAUAGAGAAACAUUUAGCAGUAGAAAACCAGCUUCUACUGCUAAAGACCAGUCUUACAAUCCUGAGAAAACGAUUAAGCCUAAGAAAUCCCAAAGGCAUGAAUGCCCAUUUUGUGACCGUGUUUUCAAGUCUGGUCAAGCUUUAGGUGGCCACAAAAGAUCUCAUUUUAUUGUUGGAACUGAACAGAACAUGAAUCGAUCUUCAGCAGUCAAGAAAGUCGAUGAUUUACUUGAUCUUAAUCUCCCUGCUCCUCUUGAUGAUGACGAUGAUGAGCAUGCACACCUUGUGUCUUGGUAGUUGGUGAUAAACAAGGUUACAAGAUGCUUGAGUAUUUGGCAACGAGCUCGUUUCCAGAUUGGCAGAGACAAUGCUAGAAUGUAUAGGCAACU